UUUACUUAUAAAUAGCACUAUCCCUCAACUUAUUUGAUUUAAUUGUGUAGCAACAGCCAGCAAGUCCUUAGCAUAACUCAUAUCUGGAUCUUGCUCUCACGUAUUUUUUCCGCAAGUCAUCACGAGAUAGAUCAUGAAAAAAAUUAUUUUGCUUGUCAUAUUUGCGAACCUAUUUAUAUGGGUGGCUCAAGCACAAGACCAAACGUCAUGGGCUAAGAGAGUUGAUACAGGCAAAGAGGUUGUUACAACUCUUCAAUUCUACUUCCACGAUAAACUCAGUGGAUCAAACCCGAGUGCGGUUCAAAUUGCACAAGCUGCUAGGACUAACAAUUCGGGUACCUUAUUUGGAUCUUUGUUGAUGAUUGAUGAUCCACUUACUAUUGGACCUGACCCAACUUCAAAGCUAAUAGGUAGAGCCCGUGGACUAUAUGGGUCUGCUGGUCAAACUGAUAUGGGCCUUAUCAUGGCAAUUAGUUAUGGGUUCUUGGAUGGUAUCUAUCAAGGGAGUUCAUUUAGCCUAUUGAGUUUGAACCCGGUAAUGAACCCGGUUCGUGAGAUGGCUAUCGUUGGUGGGACCGGACUUUUUCGGUUGGCCCGUGGGUAUGCUCUUGCUCAAACGUAUUCGGCAAAUCCUAAUGGUGAUGCAAUUGUUGGCUACAAUGUUACAAUUGUCACAUAUGUUUGAUUUUUUUUUUUCUUAUAUUUUUGUGAGCAUCUUUUUAGUUCUAUGUUAUUCAGGCAACUUAAAUAUUUCAUUCUCGAGUUUAUAGUAAUGUAACAUGCCGAAAAAGAUGAAAUCGUUGACUUUGUGUUAAUAGAUGGAAAACAAGCAAUUGCAUCUAGAAA